CAUAACCUUACGAGCUCGAAACGCCCUCGACACGCGGGGCCGCCUCUGGGGCCGGCCCUCGACGGGCCGGGCGGGCCCCAGGAGCAGUUCCGGGGCGGUCCCGUCGUCACUGCCGCUUCCUCGGCGGGCGAUUCGAAGGUGGUGUUUGGGGCCGCUGUCGGUCCCUCGUCAGGCAGACGGGACACGAUGGAGCUGUGCCCGGAGCUGGAGAACUCGCUGUCGCUGCUGGAGCCGGGCGGCGGCCGGCCCGAGCAGCAGCAGCGAGAGCGGCGGGCGGGCGCGGCCCCCAUGCCCAUGGUGUUCAUGUGCUCCGGCUGCAGGCGGCCAGUGGGCGACACCUCGAGCUGGGUGGUCAAUGACGAGGAGAGCGGCUGCAUCCUGCUGCGCAGUGCGGCCGGCAGCGUCGCCGUGGACCCGGAGCGGAAGGUCUCCAAGCUCCCCGGCGAGUGCGGAUGCGUGGUAGAAACCUUGUUCUGCUCUGGCUGCUCGAGGACACUUGGCAGCAUCUACAGGUGCACCCCAAGGCACCUCGACUACAAAAGAGAUUUGUUUUGUUUCAGUAUCGACUCUAUUGAAAGCUAUAUUUUAGGAAGCCCAGAGAAGCAAGCUGAUCUUCACGAGGAACCGCUUACUCUUGAAAGUCGAGCUGUCUUGCAAGAGGUGCUGCAAAAGGUAGAUAUGAUACUGAAUGCUCUGGAGACAAGACUGACCACGAUUGAGUCCCGUGUGGCUACUCUGCACAGGCAGGUCUGAGAGGAAAUACAUCU